AGUAGUGCAGCUGGGCAUAAAGCCAAUUGCACUGAUGCACAUCCUAUAUUCUGUUUACGUGAAUAACACGUGAAGGCACCACUACCCUCACAGCACUAACUUUUUUGUUGUAAUUUGAUGCAAAGGUAAUUUAAUUCAAAGUAUAGUCUAUUGUUAAAUGUACAUACUUAAAACAAUACAAAAAAAAAAAAAAAACUUUGCAGGAUUUAGAAUGUAACAGGACAGGUAACGUAACAGUAACAGGACAAUGUAACAGCAACGCAUCAGUCUGUGAAAAGGGUCCAUGGUCCACCCGGGCGAUAGGUGGCGGUAAUGCCCCGUGUCUACGAUCCACCGUACGUCUCUCCUUUGAUGUGAGGUAAGCAGUUCGCUGUGCUUCGUAUGUUUAUACAUAUUUACAAAAAAUAACACAGCUUGUUAAAGCAACAUUUUACAGGGUAUUUUCUGAAUUCUAUAUUCAUAUGCUACAUAGAUAUUUGUGGGUCUUUUCUUGCAUCUGUUGACUGACAAACAUUACCAUUGCAGGCAACUAUGUAAGGAACUAUAAUGUUAAAUUCAAAGAUCUGAGCGAUUAUUGUGUGUUUUUGUAUGUUCAUCUGUAUGAUUGUUUCUAUGUUUGGAGCAAUAAUGGUAUUUACUAAUAUGUCACUUGAUGAAAAGUCAAACUAGGAUCUGUAGGAGGAAUUAAAAGGGGUUAAAAUUAAAAUCUCUUUUUCUUUUGCUUGUUGGUAAAUCUAUUUUUAACAUUCAUUUCUAUUUUCUGACACGAAGUGGCUUUAAAAAAUGUAGAUAAAAUAUAUAAUAUAUUUGUUUUAAAACAAAUUAAAUAACGUAGUCAUAAAAAUAUAAUUAACUUGUUACUGUUUAUUUUCUAAGUACAGAAACAGCUCUUUCAAUAAAGUGAAAGAAUACGACAGCAAUAUUUAAAUGUUUCCAAUGUCAUGGUCCCGUUCCUUCUACUAUUUAUCUACAUCCUCAGAUUCAUGUACCUCUUAUGAUGGAUUUAAAUUAACAUCUGCUUAAAAGCCUCCUCAUGUCAGAAAUGGUUAAUAAUGUUAAAAAUAGAUUGUCCCACAGACAAAGUAUAGAUGUGUAAAAUAUGUGAAUUUGAUUUAAAACUUAAAGUUUGAUAGUUGUAUAGAUAAGCUAAUAAAAUGCUUUAAGUGUGUGUAUUAAUGAAAGCAUCAAUUUUUUUAUUUUUUUUUUAGAUUUUUGCAGAUCUGCUCCUCCCACAGUGAUUCAUCAAUAAAUACUGAAAUAUUUCCAUCAGCCUACAAGUGAAGGAGAUUGAAAACAUGAAUGAUCCAGAACCCUGCAGAAUAAAACGGGAAGAUACAGAAGAACAAAGUGACCUGAUAGAAGAGAACAUGGAGAUUGAAGAACCGUUUGAAGUGGGGGAGAAACAUCGUGUCAAAACUGAAGAUAAAUCCUCACUGAAAAGAGACAAAUUAUGUUUCACUUGCCCUGAGUGUGGAAAGAGUUUCCCAUACAAGCAAAGUCUUGAACUUCACAUUAGAAUUCACACUGGAGAGAAGCCUUUCACAUGUAAUCAGUGCGGGAAGAGCUUCUCACAAAACAAAACCUUUAACGAACACAUGAGGAUCCACACUGGAGAGAAGCCGUACACAUGUGCUCAAUGUGGGAAGAGUUUCACACAAAAAGGAAACCUUAACAAGCAUAUGAAAAUCCACACUGGAGAGAAGCCGUACACGUGUGAUCGGUGUGGAAAGAGUUUCACACAAAAAGUAAUCCUCAAUGAACACAUUAGAAUCCACACUGGAGAGAAGCCGUACUCAUGUGAUCACUGCGAGAAGAUUUUCACAAUAAAAAGAAACCUUAAUGAACACAUGAAAAUCCACACCGGGGAGAAGCCAUAUGCAUGUGAUCAAUGUGAGAAGAGUUUCACACAAAAAGGAACCCUUAAGGAUCACUUGAAAAUCCACUUUGGAGAGAAGCCGUACACAUGUGAUCAGUGUGGGAAGAGUUUCACGCAAAAAAGACAGCUCACUGAUCACAUAAGAAUCCACACUGGAGAGAAGCCGUACACAUGUGAUCAAUGUGGGAAGAGUUUCAUUAAAUCAAGUGUUUAUAAAGUACAUCUGCUUACUCAUUCUAAAGAAAGACUACACAACUGUGACCACUGUGGUAAAACAUUUUUUAGGGCAGAUUUCUUGAAGGAUCACCUGAAAGUUCAUACAAAGGAGAAGCCUUACGUCUGUUAUUUGUGUGGAAGGAGUUUUAGUCAGAUGGGUGCAUUAAAAGUACACCAGAAAAGACACAGCGGUGUGAAGGAUCAUGGUUGCUCUGAGUGUGGAAAGACUUUUUUUACAGAUAGUGCACUGAAAGUUCACCAGACCGUUCACACUACAGCGACGCCUUACAAGUGUUCACACUGCGACAAGAGAUUUAAACGGUCGGUAUAUCUGAAAAUACACGAGAGGGUCCACACUGGAGAGAAGCCACAUUCUUGUGAUCAGUGUGGGAAGAGCUUCACACUAAAAGGAAACCUCAACGUACACAUGAAAACCCACACUGGUGAGAAGCCGUACACAUGUGGAAAGUGUGGGAAGAGUUUUGCGCAUAAAUCAACCCUUAACGAACACAUGCAAACCCACACUGGAGAGAAGCCACACAUAUGUGAUCAAUGUAGGAAGAGUUUCACACGAAAAGAGCACCUUAAUGAACACAUGAAAAUCCACAUGGGAGAGAAGACACACACAUGUGAUCAGUGCGGGAAGAGUUUCACACAAAAAGGAAACCUUAACGAACACUUGAAAAUCCACACUGGAGUAAAGCCGCACAAAUGUGAUCAGUGUGGGAAGAGUUUCGCACAUAAAGGAAACCUUAACGUACACAUUAAAAUCCACACUGGAGUGAAGCCGUACACAAUUCCCACCGGCCUACAAGUGAAGAAGAAAUUUGAAAACAUGAAUGAUCCAGAACCCUGCAUAAUAAAGGAGGAAGUUAUCGAAGAACAAAUAGACCUGAUGGAAGAGUACAAGGCGAUUGAAGAACUGAUUGAAGCGGGGAAGAAACAUAUAAAAACUGAAGAAGAACCUGUGAGUCCCUCAUUGAACAGAGAAGACAAAACUAGUUUCAUUUGUCGUCAGUGUGGAAAGGGUUUCUCAUGCGAGCAAAAUCUUAAUCUUCACCUAAAAUUUCAUCGUGGAGGAAAGCCGUACGCGUGUGAUAAGUGUGAUAAGAUUUUCACAAUAAAAGGAAACCUUGACGAACACAGGAAAAUCCACACUGGAGAGAAGCCGUACACAUGUGAGCAGUGUGGGAAGUGUUUUGCGCAACAAAAAACACUUGACGAGCACAGGAAAAUACACACUUUAGCGAAGCCGUUCUCAUGUGAGCAAUGUGGGAGGAGUUUCCCGUAUCAAGGAAACCUUAACGAUCACAUGAGGAUCCACACUGGGGAGAAGCCGUAUUCAUGCGAUCAGUGCGGGAAGAGUUUUGCACAAAAAGGAAACCUUAACUUGCACAUAAAAACCCACAGCGGAGAGAAGCCGCACAAAUGUGAUCAGUGUGGGAAGAGUUUCACACAUAAAGGAAACCUUACCGCACACAUGAAAAUCCACACGGGAGUGAUGCUGUACACCUAUGAUCAGGCUACAAAUAGUUUCACUCAAAUAGGAAACCUUAACGUACACAUGACAAACCAUACUAAAGAGAAGCCAUUCAUAUGUGAUCAGUGUGGGAAGAGUUUUACACAUAAAGGAAACCUUAACGUACACAUGAAAAUCCACACUGGGGAGAAGCCGUACACGUGUGUUCAGUGCGGGAAGAGUUUCAGACAUAAAGGAAACCUUAACGAACACAUGAAAAGCCACACUGGAGUGAAACCGUUCACAUGUGAUCAAUGUGGGAAGAGUUUCGCACAUAAAGCAACCCUUAACGAACACAUGUCAAUCCACACUGGAGUGAAGCCACACACAUGCGAUCGGUGUGGGAUGAGUUACGCUCGAAAAGGAGCCCUUAAGGAUCACAUGAAAAUCCACACUGGGGAGAAUCUGCACACAUGUGAUCAAUGUGGGAAGAGUUUCAUAAAGUCAGGUGUUUAUAAAGUACAUCUGCUUAGUCAUUCUAGAGAAAGAGUUUAUAACUGUGACCAAUGUAGCAAAACAUUCUUUAGGCCAGAUUUCCUUAGGGAUCACCGGAAAGUUCAUACGAAAGAGAGGCCGUGCGUGUGUUACUUGUGCGGAAAGGGUUUUCGUAACACGACUGCAUUAAAAAUACACCAGAAAAGACACAGCGGUGUGAAGGAUCAUGCUUGCGCUGAGUGUGGGAAGCGUUUUUUUACAGACGGUGCACUGAAAGUUCACCAGACCGUUCACAGUACAGAGACACCUUACAAGUGUUCACACUGCGACAAGAGAUUCAAGCGGUCCGAAUAUCGGAGAAUACAUGAGAAGAUCCACAGUGGAGAGAAGCCGCAUCACUGCCAUCCAUGUGGAAAGAGUUUCACCCAUUUAUCUACUCUAAUUGGACAUAAAAAGAAAAUGCAUUCCUAAAAUUACAGUAAGUUAGAUUUCUUAUCCUGUACUUCCAGGUGUGAUGCUAUGUAGUGCUGCGUCAACAGUGUUUUUGAUAAUUGAUUUAUCAAAAACUAUUGCAAUGAUUAAUCGACUGUUUCAUUCAUUAUUUCACAGAUUAAUCAGUAGGCUUUUGCAGUUAGUUAAAAUAUUGAGUUAUACCCUUUCUAACUAAUAGAUAAAACUAUGAAAUCCCUUCAGUUUUUGAGAAUGUAUAAACUUCGAGUAAACUGAAUCUGGUUUUCUGUCCUCCUCAGAAGUCACCAAUAUGCCAACUGCUGAAGGAUCUAAGUCACCGAAUCGUUUCCGUGUAAACAUAGCCUGAGAGGAAAGAAUAGAUGAGGAGGAAGAGGAUGAGGACUAGAAAGAACGUGUCGUCAGGAGUGAAUUCGUCAGUCCAGAUGGUUUUCCCUUUGCUUGGAAAGAGAAGAUUGUGGACAGAAUCAAUACAAUACUAUACCUGCAGUACAUUAUACAGUAUAUUCACCUUACUCUGUUGCGAUUACUUUUUACAUCAUUUCAAAAUUAGUUUACUGUAUGCAAUAUAAAAAGAUAAUGUCUGUGACAUGUUAUGGAUGCUGUGUUCUCAAUUUCUUUGUAGUGUCUAAUGAACAAUCUGUAGUGUGUAUAUUAACUGAUGUGUGUAUGAUCUGAUUUUAUUUUUUUAGUACAGGUGAAAUGGUUUUGUAGCAAUUGUAAAAAAAAAAAGAGCAACCGUCUUUUUGUUUUUUUAUACUAUUACAUUUUAUGAUAAUAUUCAGUCAUUUAUGUACUUGUCAUUUGAUUUAGCUUUUAAUCCUACUAUUAUUAUUAAUUUGUCAUUUUAUGUUUUUAUACAUUUUUAUUAACUUUUUUAUUUCCUUGCUCUUGCAGUGCAUGCUGUUGUUGUUUAAUCUUAUGAUUGUGUGGAUAAGGGAUUCAAGGCGUUUAAUGUCACAGGACAAUGUUGUGAAACAGUAAUUUUCCAUAGUUUUUGCUUUGGUAUAAUGACUCCUGUCGGAAUUGUAUGAAGUCUUAGCAUUGAGACAUUGACAUUUAGUAGAAGUCUGAGCAUUGAAGCAUAUGCAACUAAGAUUAUUCAAUAAACUUUGCUCUUUUAUUCUCAUCA